AUGGCUUCACCUCAACACCUAUCAAUCAUGGAGAAGCUUCCAAACGAUAUCUUAUCAAACAUAUUUAUCCGUUUAUUGGCAAAACAGCUUGCUCAAAUGAGGUGCGUCUCUAAAACUUGUAAUGAUCUCUUGUCUUCACCCUCCUUUGUAAAAUCCCAUCUCGAUCAUUCACGUCAUAAAAACGAUGAAAUUCUCUUGGUCUUCUACCAUAUGUUUUCUUUCCACUCUAAACCAUUCACAACACACCCCUUGCGAUCUCCCUAUCUCGAACUCACUGAUUUCAUAAAACUCCCGACAAAUCUCCAAUCUGAAUGUUAUCGUCAUGGUUAUGUUAUUGGAUCCGUUAAUGGCCUAAUAUGCUUUCAGUAUGGACCAUAUCUUGAUGGAGACUAUUACAUUUGGAACCCUUCUCUCUCCGCUUUAUUAAUUCUCCCACCAAGUGAUAUGCCAGACUAUGACUAUGAGGAUCUAAAUGGCGUUUUUCCUCGGUUUGGGUAUGAUCCCACAACCGAUGAUUACAAACUUGUGAAACUUACAUGCCUUGACUAUGAACCCCCCAACAUAUUGUGGCUAGUUGAAGUCUAUAGCAUGAGAAAGGGUGUUUUUAAGUUAAUUACUCAAAGUCCUCCAUCGCAUAUUACAAGAAUCAGAUAUAAUCAUGAAGUAUGUGUAGAUGGUCAUAAUGGUCAUCUUCAUUGGUUUGGUUAUACGGAAAUUGGUCAGAACCCAGUUGCGAUAUUGGCUUUUGAUUUGAGUGCAGAGACAUUCCAUGAGAUUUAUAUUCCUGAUUUUUUACUUGAUAACAAGUUGUACUAUGAGAUAUCUUUAUGUUGGAAUAAUUCAGAAAUUAGUUUUGAAAUGGUCUUAUGUCAUGUUUUUUUUGUGUUUUGA